GUGAUACUCUGAUCGUUGAAGAGGAUACGUCCAAACCCAAGACCGACUCGCCUGUAGUUGCCAAAAGAACAAUGUCUAACUCGGUUAGGGAAGCCGUGCCUGUGCUUGCGAGGAGGGUUGUUCCGGCAGAUAACUCCUGUCUCUUCACCAGUGUGUACUAUGUGGUGGAGGGAGGCGUUUAUGACCCGGGUUGUGCUCCGGAGAUGCGCAGCCUUAUAGCUCAGAUAGUAGCGAGCGAUCCUGAGUCUUAUUGUGAGGCAGUUCUAGGGAAAAUGAACAGGGAGUAUUGUGACUGGAUCAGAAAAGAAGAGACUUGGGGAGGAGCCAUCGAAGUGUCUAUUUUAUCCAAAUUUUACCAGUGCGAAAUCUGUGUGGUGGACACACAGACCGUCAGAAUCGACCGUUUUGGGGAAGAUGCCGGUUACACUAAGCGGGUCCUUUUAAUUUAUGAUGGGAUUCAUUACGAUCCACUUGAACGUAAAAUCCCCGACUCGGACAUUCCUCCCCAGACCAUUUUCUCCACAACUGAUGAUAUUGUUCUUGCGCAAGCAUUGGAGUUGGCAGAUGAAGCCAGACGGAAGAGGCAGUUUACCGAUGUGAAUCGCUUUACGCUGAGGUGCAUGGUGUGCCAGAAGGGACUAACUGGACAAGUGGAAGCCAGAGAACACGCCAAGGAGACGGGACACACCAACUUCGGAGAAGUGUGACACCUACAUGAGGAUGGUUACAUCGACUACCUCACCGAUCCAGAAUAAAAUUCUGGAUUUCCAGAUAAGCUGUAUGUAAUCAUAAAAUUCCGUUCACAAAGCUUGAAAAGCAUAUUAACUUAAUGAUGGCCAAGACGCACAGGUUUGUUAUGGUUAGUGACUUUUCCAAUGGAUUUGAAAUAGGUAUCUUCUCGCAUGCUGAUUUAUAGUACUUUGGCAGGUGGUAUACACAGGCAGCUAAAACCUGAUUUCUGAAAUAAUCUUCUCU